CAUUCCUCCCCUAUGUCUGCCCUGCUAACGUCAGCCGGAACCAGGAAAUGUGCAGCUUGUUGUGAGUUGUCGCGGUGGCUUUACUGUUCCUGGUUCCUUCUUCCUUCUAGCUCAAAUGGCGAGCUCCACGGGACCGGGUCGGAGAGGGACGGGACUCUUGUACUCGGCGCUGUUGCUGCUGGUGCUGACAGGGUUAAGCGUCCCGGUCGGUACCGUGUCCGAACCGGGGAAAUGGAUCCUGAACCUCAACAGCGAAACUCUGAAGAAGGAGAACUUCUUCAUCUUCACUAAAACUCUGUUCAACAGCAGCUUCAUCCAGCUCAAACUGGUGGCAGAGACCUGUAACUCGUCAUCACCCGUCAAGUUCGACGUGUCCUGGUAUCUGAGGAACUCUCACUGCUACAAUGAAUUCCUUAGCCUGAACGCCACAUGGUCAAAAGAGUACUUCAAUUCGAAGGUGGUAAAACAAGAAGGAGGAAGUGGAUAUUAUGUUUUUCACCGAUAUCCUACCAUCACCUGUCAGCCACACAUGUUUCACCUGGAUGAAUUUAAGAUGAAAACACGACUGACAGAAUUGCCGCGAAAGCUGAACACAGAGACAAAGACUUCAGGCACGAGGAGGAGGAGAGAGGAGGAGCCUCCAAAACCAAAGGCUGCUGUAGUACAGAAGAAAGGUGCUUCGGCUGAAACGGGAAAAGAUGCCGUUCCUCCUAAAGAGGUGGCUGCUCCUGCUCACUUCGAUGCGGUGGCUGAGAGCUGGGAGGACGGACCCUACAUGUUCAUCCUGCAUAUCGAAGAGAAGAACCGGGCUCCUGACGGCGCUAACCCCCCCACACCCUGGAGUCUACAGCUGCAGAUCAGCAUGAAGGGUUCUUAUGACUACAUAUCAGCCACUGAAUGGCCUAAUAUGGUGGAGGAAGGAGGAGGAGAGGGAUGA